AUCUCAUUCUGAAACAACUAAACGCCGGAAUCUGAAUGUGUGUUCAACGGUAGACUUCAGAAGAAGGUUCACCAUUCUGUAAUCUAGAUGGACCUCUUACAUGAGGAUCUGUUUAAUACAAGGUAUACUUUCAGUUGACAUUCUAUCCGAAUUGCUCCCAUGAUUUAUCCAACUAGAAUUUCGAAAUUAGUUGGUUUUUCACUCUUCUUCUUUCUAGUUUCCAGGCCACAAGGCACGAGUGCUUCUGUAUUGGUCUUAGACAAGUUACUAGCACCAAAACCACCCACCAAAUCUCUACACCUAUCACCCGAAGAAGCCCCCCUUAGGCAACGGCCCAGAUUCUUAAUUUUAUGUAACCCUAAGGAAGAAGUUAAAAUUGGUGAAGCUGAUAGAGAAGAAUGCAACAAGAUUUCCUUGACCUCCGCAGAAACGGGUUUUUUAAGCUUUGAAGAAGCUAAACCCUCCCAUCCUCCUUAACUAGGAUCAGGACUUCUGGGUGUCAAAUCCUUGCUGUUAGUGAGCUUCUUCUUAUCGUUGAAUCUAGCAGCAAGACCGGAAGCCAGAGAUUAAUUACUGGGGGAGUCGUCGUCCUUGGAUGAAGAACCAACUUCACCUUUUUUAUCGGCUCAGAUCGGAGAAUUUGACCCAAUGGAGCGUAGGCUAUUGGAGGAUACAUUUGUGCUGGAAGAAUCAUGUUUCUUGGAAGUACACCAUCCUCGAUUGAUGGGUCUGCAAGUUUUUGAAGUACAGAGCUCUAUGCAUAGUAGAGAUGAGUUUAAGAUGACGGUGAAUAAGGAAGACAUUACAUUCUUUACUUUUUUUUCCUUUGUUUUAAGUUGCUAGGAAUUCAGAUACGGCGUGCGUGCGUGGCAGUAGCGGGCAAAAAGAGUAAUGAGCAACGCACGGCCGUGCGUCCGGGUACGCACGCCGUGCGUCCAAGGCGUUGAUUGAGGAAGAGCUACUGGCAGCAACGCACGGCCGUGCGUCCGGGUACGCACGCCGUGCGUUCAAGGCGUUAAAACGACGAAUGGCUACUGGCAGUAACGCACGGCCGUGCGUCCGGGUACGCAUGCCGUGCGUUCAAGACGUGGAAAUCACGGGAGGCUACUGGCAGCAACGCACGGACGUGCGUAGGGGAACGCACGCCGUGUGUUGCCUAUUUUCACGCGCAGGUCCGUCGGACGCACGGACGCAACGCACGCCGUGCGUAUGCUCCGUGCGUACCGCGGAUCUGUCCUUUUUC